GGCCGGGACGGAUAUCCUCUCCCCGCAGUGGCCGGCGUUCGUGGAGAAGCUGCGCGGUGCAGUUCGCGACGGGGAACCCCGCCAGGUUGCCAGCGUGGUGUGGGCGUUUGCCAACCUGCAGGCGAAGGACGCCCAGAUCUUGGACGCAGCCGCGGACAG